AUGGUGCGUGCAUUGAAUCCGUACGAUUAUGGUGGCCCACCUCUUCUCGACUGGCCGCCAGUCGCAACAGCGUUUCAAGACCCUCAAGGCAGUGCACUCCCAAAGGUCCGCAAGGGUGUGCGACAGCAGUUCUCGGACAUUGCUGCGAUGGGCACCAGCUACCCUGGCGGGGACGUCAUGUACCAGAGCUUAUGGCGAAAGAAUGGUGGAGACCUCAAUCUUUGGCCAAAGGAGGAACGCUUCUACAAGGGCCCGCGGCUGGGGGAGUAUGCACGGCCUCUGGUCAUGAACAGGAAUGUGCUAGGCUACAUGAACCAGUCUCCAGUCCCUCUUAGCGCCGCUGAAGGCGAGUUGACCCUAGUCGCACAUGCCAGCAGUGCUUCAAAACGAGCCAGAGCCCAUGCGGAAUAUGCCCGACAAGCUGCAGAGAAAGCCGAGGCUUUCUACAAGGCUGCCAAAGCCAGAGCACGGGCGUUGUUUCUUCCAGACCCGCCCAUCAGUGUGAAGCCAACGGCAGACGUGUAUCCGAUGUAUUCAGCCGGACCGAUGGCCCUAAACCCUGUUUCUGCUUCUGCUUCCCUCGUCCUGGCAGGUUUCUUGCAUGAUAUCGGAAGCCCGUCGAAGCUGGACAAUGCUAGCCAGUUUCUUGGCCUGAGAAGUGCAGGUGCCCUCUGA